GUUGAUUGAUUACUGAUCGAGAUGUUGAUCAAGGGUAUCGAUUGAGAGUAUCGAUCGAGAGUCGAUCGGUGAAGCCUUUAGCACACAUGAUCCCAGUAUUUUGUACAGUCAUUCUGAAGGUAUGGUUUUCAUUGUUUUAGGAUAGUGAAAGCUCGAAUCCAGCAGAAGAUAGAAUGUUAUGAAGUCGAGUGGCAAAAUGUACAACUUGGUGAAACAUGCCCCACAUUUUUUGUGACCAUCGAAACCAGAGAGCUCUUUGCUAAAGUAUACCCUGACCUUGUUGAAGAGUUUAAUAACAGAGAAGCAGCAAAGUUGUCUAAAAAAUCAAAAAAGAAGCAAACUGCCAAGCUCCCAUCAGUGUCUGAUGACUACGAAAAUGAGGUGGAAUUUCUCUCAAAGCAACUGGAAGAUUUAAGUGUGUAUCAGUCAUCUGAACAAAGCCACAUUAGCAUGGCACAAAAUGAAAACCAUUUUGCAGAAGGUGCCGUCUCUGAGUAUUCCAAUGAUGAAUCUCUGCAAGACAUUAUUGAUUCCAUACUUCCAUCAAAUAGUAAUGGUCACUCAUCAUGUGGCAUCCAGAAAUCAAGUCCUUCUGCAAUGAGGAAUGAUAUGAAAAGGAAAUUUUCAGUUGCUGCUAUUGGUAGCCCAAGGACUGAUGAUGGUGAUGAUGAUGAUGAGGAGGAUGGUUGUGUUGGUGAUGAUAGUGAUGAUGAUCACAAUGAUGAUGACAUUCAGUGGGACUUAAAGCCUUUACAGACAGAAGGUCUAGGAUACAUGUAUAGUGUGCAUCAUGACAAUGAGCCUGAGAUUAAUGAGAAGUCUCAAACAUUAGCUACUUCAUCCGUGAAGGGUGUUGAAGCUAUCCCAGAUCUAAAGCGUGUGUUAGAGUGCGUUAAUACUGAUGAUUAUUAUAACUAUGAUAGUCGAAACGUGAACAGUAACAAUGAUAAGCCUAUUGAAUGGCCAGUGACAUCACUUGAAAGAAAGAAAUUAGAAGAAUUAAAACCCAUUCCGUGCACUGGAAUUCAAAGAGUUGUCAUGACUAGAGACAACAACAAGGGUCAUGGAAAGAGUCCUACGAGUACCCAAAGGCAGAAUGAGAAACCGUCAAAGUCAAAGCUAAGUGAUGCUGAUCUUAUCGAGAUCUUUGGGUCCAGUGAUGAAGAAGUUGAUGACAAAUCUUUUGUAAUAAAACAGUCUUCUUGCUCAACGAAGUUGGAGGGUGGAACAAAAACAUGUGACACGAGGCUCGGUGGCACUAUUUCAAGGAACAAAUUGCAUGAUGUUUUUGAUUCUUCAGAGAUGGUUAAAUUCCUUCACACACCACUGCAGCAUGCCAAAUUGGGGUUUCCUUGUGAUACUGACUGCACCAGUGUCCUCGCAGAAAAUGGUAGAGAAGUUAUAACAAAUAGUAAAGGUUGUUUGGCAAGUAUUUUGCAGGAUGUUUCAUGUGCAAAGUCAAAUACAAGCUCAUUCAAAGGAGAUGCCAACCUUGGUGCUAAGAAAAACAAGGAAGAACUUACAAAAGCUACAAGGAAAGUCCUAGAACCAGCAAAUACAAUCUUAGACAACAGUUUCCAGCCCUCCAUGCAAGCAAUUGAUUCUCACGAGGAAGAAAACUGUGACAGUGUUGAUGAAAUUUCUUCCUGUGAAAGUGUUGGUAAAUUCCAAGAAUACGAGUCUUGGAAAGAAAACACUGCCUCUCCAUUUGAUGAUUACAUGCCUGCUCCACUGUCAAAACGGCUUGGGAAGCAAUUCAGUGCAAAGCAAAGGUUGGCCAGUCUCCACUCUAUUUCUUCAGUAACAGAUGACUCCUGAGUUAGGUGUAACUUGAAAUUAACUCAGUUUUAUCACAAGUAAAACUGUAAAACAGUGUUAAAGAGUAAGAUAGAGAUGGCAGCCAAACAAGGAAAUCUUUAAAAGAGUACUGAUGCAUUGUGGACUAUGUGUCUACUAAUUUUUUUUUGUGCACAAACAAAAGAUAAUGAUAAUAAUAAUUAUUAUAAUAAUGAUACUAAUGAUCCCAGACGUCUGUUGAAAUUGCUUUUGUUUUUUUCGGGUCAUUACAUGCACUGUUAGUUUCAUUCAGGGAUUCAGAAAAAGUGAUCAUGUGAUGAUGAAUGUCAUGAUCAUGUGAUGAGUGAAUCUCAUCGUCAGGGAAGGUGCUUCACAGUUUGUUUGCAAGUUUGUUGAGUUUCUCACUUUCAAGCAAGAUACAAUUCAAGAUGUGUUACAGAGAAGAGUUUGACUGAUGCAAAAUUCAUUGCAUGGAUAAGAUUUGCCUCGAACUUGCCACUUUUGAGGAAUUUGCAACAGCUGUGCUGCAAACUGUAGCCAAAAGAUGUUUGUAAUCAUCUGGUCACUUUUGUUUUUAUUCAGCGGCUGAAACCAGCAGUGCUUGACUGGGAUCAAUAGUAUACAUAAUUAUACUGUAGAUCUUUGGUGAAGUGAAGUUAUUCAGAGCCGUCCUCAUAAAGAGUGAAAGACAGGGCAGACUAGGUAACACUCUUUGGGGUCAUAGAGGGGAUUAUGGCUUGU